CCAAUUAAUAACACUUGUGUUUAGGUACUCGGUACUCCUACAUCACAUGGUUUUACUAUAAAACGUGAAGUUUUUUCACAACUCGAGACAUUAGUUCAUCGAAUUUCAUUUCCGUGCAACCAGAACGUUUCUUUGCUCCUGAAACUUACACCAGGCAAAUCUCCAACUCUCAUCAUGAAUAACUUAUCAUUCAUUUGCGGAACCUUGCUCAUCGGCAUCAUAUCAGCCAAUGCCAACCCAGUUCAUAGCCAGGUCCCAUCAGAUAAUAACCCUUCUCUAAGCUGUGUUCUUUUCAAAGAACUCGGCUGCGACGUUCAAUGCACAUUCAUGGCAAAACUGCAAGACUCGACCUCUGAAACUUCAGCAUCCUGCAACGAUGAGCAAAAAUGCACCUGUACAGUCAAAUCGGACGAAUCUGACGAUUCCCUGGUCGCCUUGUGGAAUAAAAAAUUCGAAGCGGAUGAUGACCUGAUUGAACAAAUUAGACAAGGUAGAUCACUUCCCAGAAAGGUUAAGCAAGUGUUGAAGAAAAAUGCAUCUCGAACGGGCGAGCAAUGUAAACAAGCCCUCGCGACAAUUCUGCCGAAACGCCUGUAUAGUCAAAUUCGUGUUAAACAAAAUAAUACAACCGAAAUUAAUCAGACAAAAAUAGAUGUGGAAUCUAUAAAGCAAUUGGUCAACGAAGAUGAAGUGAAUUCAGUGAUGCGGAAUUCGCCUGAAUUCUACUCCACCAAUCUGAAUUGCUUGAGUUGGGUGCAUAAUUUCUUCGUAUACUUGAAAGCUCGUAAACAAAGUGCCAGCAUCCAAAGUAUUUAUCAUCAAGUUGAUCUAACUGGUAAUGGACUUUUGAAAGAAAAACUUGGUUUCUUUUUGAAGAAGAAUGACGCUCCAAAGAUAGAUACAACUAUCAAGUACGAACAGGAUAAUGCUGCUUCUCAAAUUGUGGCCAAUAUGGUGGUUGAUGGAAUGAUCAAGAGCCUUGGUCUUCCCAAAUGUUUCCCCAGGUCCUCAUAAACGUAUUUUCUGAUAUGUACCAGCAUUGAUUUAUGUUUUACCUUAUCAUACAAUUAUUUUUUAGAUAGCCUUAUGCCAGCAUGAAAAUUUAAAAUAAAAUCACUUCGUAGCAUUGA